AUGAUUUCGGACUCCAUAACAUUAAAUAGCCUGUUUAUAAGCGCACAAGGGCGCGAUGACGAUGAUGUUUCGAUCAAUUCCACAGAUAUUUAUGACUGUUAUUUGCAACCUGAUAAUUACGAUGACACAUACGAGGAUUUAGAAGAUUUGGAGGAUGAUACAUUUUUCGAAUCUUCGCAGUUGCAUCAAUUGGUUCAAACACAACCGGUACAGUUGAUCAAUGAGCAGGAUUUGAUAGAUAGAUUACCGCAACCACAGGAAUUAGUGGUAGAAGAGGCUUCUAAUGGAAUUUCUCCAAUGAUGACCUCUAGAUCUUCUUCAAUGUCUUCCACUUUUUCGAAGAGAAAUAGCCUUUAUGGUAACGUUCCUGAAAGCAUAGAUGAAGAGAUGGGUCUCGAGUGUGAUGGAUCUAUGGUCGAGAGGAAGGUCCAACCCCUUUUUUCUGCAUUUAACUCCAUUUACAACAAUACAGCACAGUAUGAGGAUUACAGCGCUCCCAGGUCGUUUGCUAUACAUGAAAGUGCAUUGGAUCUAGGCGCAGAAGUAAAUCACUAUGCUAUUAGUGACUCGUACCACUAUUCAAUUCACAAAUCCUCAAAUACGCGGUACGCAACGGAUGAAGAGAUAGAGUUUGUCAAGAAUUUGAAUUCGAAACUAUCGAGAUACUCUGGUUACUUCACUGCUGGUUCGAAGGAUCAGGAGUAUUCUGAUAAGGUACGGUUCCAAGAGAUCUCCUACAAAUUCAGUAAGACGUAUGUCUAG